GAUAAUUUUAAAAUAUUAAAUUUGAUUAUUUAAAAAAAAAUGAGCGUCAGUUUUGAAAAGAUUGAUGAAUACUAUGCUAAGAGAAAUAAACUCUUUGAAGAAUUCAAGGAAAGAAGAAGACAAGAAUUAGGUGAUGUCCUUGGAAAGGAAAUCACUAUUACUCUCCCAGAUAAUAGUACUAGACCUGGUAAGGCUUACGAAACCACUCCACACGAUAUUGCCAUGUCCAUCUCUGCUGGUCUUGCUGCUAAUUGUGUCGUUGCUAAAGUCAAUGGUGCAUUGUGGGAUAUGGGUAGAGCUCUUGAAGGUGAUUGUACUUUGGAAUUGUUAAAGUUUGACCACCCAGAAGCCAAGGAAGUUUUCUGGCACAGUUCUUCUCACGUUAUGGGUGAAGCUAUGGAAGAUGUUUUCAAAUGCUUCCUCUGUAAGGGACCUCCAUUGGAAGAUGGUGGUUUCUACUAUGAAGCCUACAUGGGUGAUAAUUCUGUCUCCGAAACUGAUUAUCCAAAAGUCAAGGAUGCUGUCACCAAGAUUAUCAAUGAAAAGCAACCUUUCGAAAGAUUGCUCAUCACCAAGGCUGAAGCUCUUGAAUUGUUCGCUGAUAACAAGUUCAAGGUUGAAAUCUUGUCUGAAAAGGUCAAGGAAGGAGACUAUUGUAGUGUUUAUCGUUGUGGUAGAUUGAUCGAUCCUUGCAAGGGUCCUCACUUGUUGAAUACUGGUAAAGUUACCACUUUUGAAGUCACUAAGAACUCAUCAUCUUACUGGAGAGCUGAUGCUAGCAAGGAAACUUUGCAACGUGUCUAUGCUAUGUCUUUCCCAGACAAGAAACUCAUGAAGGAAUGGCAAACUUUGAUGGAAGAAGCUAAGAAACGUGACCAUCGUAUCAUUGGUAAGGAUCAAGAAUUGUGGUUCUUCCAUCCAUAUGCUCCUGGUAUGGUUUUCUUCUUACCUCACGGUCAACGUUUGUUCAAUAGCAUUCAAUCAUUGAUGAGAAAUGAAUAUUGGCAUCGUGGUUACUCUGAAGUUCAAACUCCAAAUGUUUUCCACAGUGAUUUAUGGAAGACUUCUGGUCACUGGGAUAAGUAUGCUGAAAAUAUGUUUGUUUUGGAAAUUGAUAAGGCUCAACACAGCUUGAAGCCAAUGAACUGUCCUAGCCAUUGUCUCAUGUUCAAACAUAGAACUAGAUCAUACAGAGAAUUGCCAAUUCGUUUUGCUGAUUUUGGUGUUUUGCAUCGUAAUGAAUUGAAGGGUGCUUUGACUGGUAUGACUCGUUUAAGAAAAUUCCAACAAGAUGAUGCUCACAUUUUCUGUCGUCCAGAUCAAAUUAAGAGUGAAAUUAUGGGUGCUUUGCGUAUGAUGCAAGACAUUUACAAGAUCUUUGGUUUCGGAUUCAGACUUUUCCUUUCUACUAGACCAGAAAAGUAUCUCGGUGAAAUUAGUCAAUGGGAUGAAGCUGAAGGUCAAUUGGAAGCUGCUUUGAAUGAAUUCGGUCAUUCUUGGCAAAAGAAUGAAGGUGAUGGUGCCUUCUACGGUCCAAAGAUUGAUAUUCUCAUUUCUGAUGCUUUGAAGAGAGAACAUCAAUGUGCUACUGUUCAAUUGGAUUUCCAAUUGCCAAUUCGUUUCGAUUUGACUUAUGCUGCUGAAGAUAAGACUGAAUCUAGACCAGUUAUUGUCCACAGAGCCAUCUUUGGUUCAUUGGAAAGAUUCUUGGCUAUUGCUACUGAACACUUUGGUGGUAAGUGGCCUUUCUGGCUCUCACCAAGACAAGCUAUCGUUGUUCCAGUUUCCAACAAGUGCAACGAAUAUGCUGAAAAGGUUCAAAAGAGGCUCCAUGAAGCCAAGUACUACGUUGAUGUUGAUUUGAGCAGCAAUAGAAUUGACAAGAAGAUCAGAAAUGCUCAAUUGUCUCAAUACAACUAUAUUUUGGUUGUUGGUCCUAAGGAAAUGGAAAGUGACAGUGUUAACAUUAGAAUUAGAGAUAGCGAUAAGGAACAAGGUGUCAAGACUAUUGAAGAAUUGCUUAUCGAAUUCGAAGGAAACAAAGUCCAAUUCAAAUAAAUUAUUUGUGAAUAUAUUUUAAUC